AAAUAAUUCUGAAUGAAAAAUGUGAGCAUUGCAACACUUUCAUGUUAAUAAUUAAUGGCAGAUUAAAAUGUUCAUUUUGUUAUUUUGGUUUAGUUCUGUCAUUGCAUCUGGGCUGGUUUUUAAAAUGAAAUAUUGUGUGCUCUUCUUUUGUAGAAAACAGUGCCAAAGACCAUCGAGUUGUUCGUGUGACAUCUGUCUGCAAAAAAAGUGGUCAGUGCAUUCUCCUUCAGCUGGAAGAAGAAGAGGGAUUUGGCUCAAACUCAAACAGAGCUGAAACUCCCACAAAAGAAACUCAAAACAGAGUCACCAACCAGAUGGGGAUCCAGACUUGCCAUGAUGGAGAGGGUGUUGGAGCAAGAAAGUGCCAUCUCCCAGGUCCUCAAAGCUGACAGGAAGACGCGGCAGUUGGCUCCAUCAUGGCAAGAUGUUGAGGUCAUGGAAUGUGUGAAGAAGGCCCUCGGCCCUCUGAGGGACUUCACUGAUGCGCUGUCUGGGGAGGAUUACGUGAGCGUGUCAUAUGUGAAGCCAGUCCUGCACCUGCUCAAAGUGAACAUCCUCGAGCCAAGUGAAGAGGACAUAGAGCUGACUAACACAAUGAGGACAACAAUCCUGAGCUACCUCAACGACAAGUAUCAGGACCCCACCACUGAUGCACUGCUCGACAUGGCUUCGCUUGUGGACCCCAGGUUCAAGAGGCAGUACAUUGCUACAGAAAAGACGGAGGAAAUACAAGCCAGAGCUGUUUCUGAGAUCGAGUGCUUAUUGAGCACACAACAGCAUUCACUGCCCACCUCCACUUCACAGAAUGAUCCUGAGACAGAAUACCAACCCCCACCAAAGAAGGCAAAGAAAAAAACAUUAGGAAGCCUUUUCAAAACCUCAGGUUCUGCAGCUGACACAACAGGUCCCACCCCAUCUCUGAGAGAGGUAAUCGAGGCUGAAAUGAAGGCCUAUCUUUCCACCCCAAAUGCAGACAGUGAGAUGGAUCCUCUGGAAUGGUGGAAAGUCCACGAGGUAAAUUUUCCCAGAGUAAGCAAACUAGCGCAGAAAUACCUGUGCAUCCCAGCCACAAGCUCUCCCUCGGAGAGAGUGUUCAGCACAGGUGGGAACAUCGUGACUUGUCAAAGGGCUACUCUAAAGCCAGACAAGGUGGACAAAUUGAUUUUUCUGUCAAAAAAUCUGUGACGGGGAAACUGAAUUUCCCCUCUUUAUCAGGAGGAGCACCCUGAUAUUUCUUUGCACUAGAGUGUUGCACUACUUUUUGCUUUGGACAUUUUUUUAAAGCGAUUUUGUUAUUUUGAUAAUCAUGUAAGUUGAUUUUAAAUCAUGUGAAUAUAGCCAGCAACAGUUUGUGUACUUGAACAUUUCAUAUUUUACUUUCUUUUUUAUAUUCUAAGAGAAUGCACUUUAUCAGAGUGAGAAUGUUCUUUUUAUCAGAAUGAUGUUCAUUUUUAUCAGUGAGAAUGUUUACUUCAUCAGUUGGGAUGUUUAGUUUAUCACAGUGUUUCUCACUUUGUCCCAGUGAUUUUACAGACUUAGUAGUCUUCACUUUUAUUUUGUUG